AAGGUAACCUUAAAUGGAUUCAAUAAAUUUCUGGGAAGUCCCCCGAAAACUUAUCAGAAUAAACAUUAGUUUAGUUGAAGUUCGACGUUUUGCUGACUUGUUAUCAAGUAAUUUUAAGUUAUAGCUCAGUUCAACAAUUAGAAGUUGUUUAUUUGUUUCGAGAUUAUUUUCGGUUGGAAUUUUAUUGAAUAAGAGACGUGUAAUAGAAAAUGGACAAUUAUAUGGCAAUAUUGCAGGAAAUUUUUCCCAAUCGCCCCAUUGAUCAAAUAGAAGAUGUUAUUCAAAUGGUAGAGGAGAAUGAAGAAGUGGAACAUUCUCUAGAGACAAUGAUCAAUCUUCUGUCAGAAUCUGGCGACUCGACUCUCGAACAUGGAAAUGAAGGUUUAGAUGAAGCUGCUGGAUUCGCACAUAUCCCAGCAGAAAACAAUGUAGAAUGGAGAAAAUUAGUUCUGUUCAUGGAGAAAAUUUUUCCUGACAUAUGCCCAAUAUUUUUGUGGAAUUUCUGUGAAACAAACAAUUUUGAUUGGAGUGAAGUUGAAGAAAUUGCAGAUAGAUUAGUGGAGGUAGGAGGCUAUGAACUCAGAACAGGAAAUCGAUGUGAUGCAAUUUUCGCCCAACUCUCGGAUAUGAUUCCUGAUGCCGAUCCUGACUACUUAAGAGAAAAAGCGGAGUUAUUGGCAAAACAAGCUCCAGAUAAUUUACAACAGUUCAUAUUAGCAGCUACUGAAACCAAUGGAUAUCCUACUAGAAAGGAAUAUCUCAUACGACAAAGAAACAUGGAUGGUAUCAGAAAAUUCACAAGAAAUUUCAGCAUUGAAGGUUUCCUAGAGGCUAUACCAAAUCCUGUAGAACAUUUCAUGUCUUCCUCCUACAAAUCUUCUCUUAACGACGAUGAUAUCACUGAAGCAGAUGAGAAUUACGCCUUAAAAUGUUUGGUUAAUCUUUAUCCAUAUCUAAGGGAGAAAGAUAUUGUGAGAGUUUUCAAGCGGAAGAAAAAUUUGAUACUUGUAAGUGAAAUUCUAGCAAGGGUGCCAAGGCAUUUCAAAAAGCCUAGGGAACUCCUAGAUAUUGGUGAGGAAUGUGAAAAUAUUAAACUUCUUCAAGAGAUAGCCUUUGUUGAGAACAAGAAUCAAAUUAAGACUGCCAUAAAGAUGAAGACUGAACAUUAUAGAUUAGCUAGAGAAGAGGCAGAAAAAUUUGGUCUGCUCGAAACGUGCCAAUGUUGCUACUUCGAAGGUCUUUUGCCGGAAGAAUGUUAUCUCUGCAAAAAGAACUGUCCCUUCUGCAAGGAUUGCGUGGCUAAAGGCGCAGAGCUUGCUAUCGGAGAGGGCAAAUUGAAAUUUCCUUGCCUCACAAACUGCAAUUCUGAAUUUGACAUUUCAACAUUGAGGAUGGUUCUGGACAAAAAGAUAUUUGAUCCAUUGUUCACGAAAAUACAAAUAGAAGAAUUGAAGAGAGCCAAUAUCGAUGGUUUGGAAACCUGUCCAUUCUGUGACUUCUCGAUGAUCUUAUCGGAUCAGGAGAAAAUUUUCAAGUGCCAAAAUGUAGACUGUAUGGAAAUGACUUGUAGAGAAUGUAGACAUAAAGCACAUAUGCCGCUCAAAUGUAACGAAAUAGAAUACGAUGAAGAUGUCAGAAGAAGAACUUAUAUUGAGAAUAAAAUGACUGAAGCUUUAGUAAGAACAUGUUGGCAGUGCCGGAAAUCAUUUUUGAAGGAAUCAGGAUGCAACAAAAUGACUUGUACUUGUGGUGCGAAAAUGUGCUAUUAUUGUGGUGCCAAUAAUAUAGGUUAUGACCAUUUUGGUGAAAUAUCUGCAAACAAAUGUCCUUUGUAUACCCAAGACCUAAAUAAGUUCCAUGCUGAUCGUGUGAUAAAAUCUGCUGUGAAAGCAAAAGAGGAGCUUGGAUUAAUCCACAAUCCUCAAUUGCUGAAGAUAGAUCCAGCUGCUGGAUUAGUGGAAUAUUUUCAGCAAAUGUAAAUGAAGCUUUGAAGAAUAAGAAAGUGAUAAUGUAAUAGUUCUGCGAUAACAAGAAUUGAAUGCAAUUUUAUAUUUUUCUCUAUGGAUCUUCUGGAUAAAUUAAGUGUUUUAGAUGGCAAAGGGCGAAAAAUACUCGAUUUUACUUGAUAUUUGAUCAAAUUGAUGGUUAUGUAACUGCUGGAGAAUGUUGAGUAAAAUCUCCAACAGAAAUUAUUCAUUAUAUGUUUUCCUAUUUUUUUGUAACAGAUAUGUUUAGAAUGAGUUAUUAGAAAUAUAGAGUUUUUGAUAUUAAUAUUUUCAUAAUUGUGAUCUGAAAGCUUUGGUCCCUGUUAAUAUGAAAAUUCUCUUUCUAUAAAAGAUUUUUACGUUUGUAAAUCAUAUAUUAAAAGCUGACUGAAUCCCUCAGAAACCAUUGAAAAUUGACCGUAUUUGAGAAUUUAGUCUGUGUAUAAAUAUUAUCUGUAAUUGCAUUUUUAUAUUUGGACCAUGCAGUUUAACAUUUAAGUUUUUUACUUUUCUUAAAAAUUAUGAGAUUUGUUCUGUUGUUGGAUAAUUGUACUCCUGAAAUAUUGUUAGUUUAUAAUGAAAUAUUGUUUAUCAUUAAAAAAGUUUUAACAGAUCAA